AUGUCUUCCUGGCUGCUGGCUCUGCAUGUGUUCUGCCUCCUCUGUCGGGGACUGGCCUCUCCCGUGCUUCAUCCACGAUCUGACGAUUACUUCCAACCCAACUCCACUGGCCUCUGGAUGCAACAUGGCUUUGAAACUGUCCUCGUACAACCUUUUGGAUACGAUGGGUUUCGUGUCCGUGCAUGGCCUUUCCGGCCCCCUACCGGACAGGAGGCCAGCUUCAUCUAUGACCCUCCGCUAGAAGGGCCUGAGAAUGGUGAGGCGCACGGAAUGCAAUUCGACACGGCUUCCAUUGGCAACCACAGCGUGACCAUUCGGAAUGGCAACAUCCUCGUCCGUACCAUAGGAUGGGGCGGUAACCCCGGGGGAUACCGACUUGCUUUUAUCCGUGUCGAGGAUGAUGGUUCGGAAACCCUCCUCACCAACGAGUAUGCGCCGCUCAAGUCUAUAAACCCGCGAUACUACUCCUGGCCCGGAUCUGGCAGCGAAUUUAACGCUCAAUUCUCGUUCAGCACGACCCCAGAUGAGCAGGUCUAUGGCACGGGUACACAGCAAGACCAUCUCGUCAACAAGAAGGGCUCGACGAUUGAUCUGAUCAACUUCAACACCUAUAUCCCCACGCCCGUCUUUAUGAGUAGACGAAUGGAGUUUGGUCCCUGGCGCAACAGAUUUACAGCCGAUGUGGCCACGGUGGUGGACUACGUGAUUUUCGCAGCGCAACCCGGAGACUACGACACACUCCAGCGGAAGCUGUCAGCACUUACCGGCCGUGCUCCCACGCCGCCAGACUGGUCGUUGGGAUACCUCCAGUCGAAGUUGCGGUAUGAGAACCAAUCCGAGGUUGUGCUGCUAGCUCAGAACUUCAAGAAACAUGACGUCCCCGUCUCACUUAUUGUCAUUGACUAUCAGUCCUGGGCGCAUCAAGGUGACUGGGGCUUGGAUCCCGCCUUGUGGCCGGAUGUAGCUUCCAUGGCCGCCCAGGUUAAGAAUCUCACAGGGGCUGAAAUGAUGGCAUCCCUGUGGCCCAGCGUGUCUGACCAUAGUGCCAACUAUCUCGACAUGAUGGCCAGUGGGUAUCUAUCAGCUACCAAGUCCGGACCCGGUACUACGGACUCUUGGAACGGUUCGUACAUCCGCAACUACGAUGCUACGAAUCCUGCAGCACGCGCGUUCCUCUGGGACACACUGAAGAAAAACUACUACGAUAAGGGCAUCCACAAUUUCUGGAUCGACCAGGCCGACGGUGGCGCCCUGGGCGAAGCCUACGAGAACAACGGUCAAAGCACGUACAUCCAAUCCAUUCCCUUUGCGCUUCCUGAUGUGCUAUAUGCGGCUGGAACGCAGGCAAGUGUGGGCAAGCUGUAUCCUUGGGCACAUCAGCAGGCCAUCGAGGAUGGUUAUCGCAAUGCUACGAAUAGUACCAUAGGCACUGCAUGCGACCAUAUUUCCCUCAGCCGGUCUGGAUACAUCGGAUCUCAGCGUUUCUGCAGCAUGAUUUGGUCAGGAGACAUCAGUUCCGUGUGGGAAACGCUCGGGCUGCAAAUAGCCAGCGGUCUAUCUGCUGCCGCCACAGGAUGGGGGUGGUGGACUGUUGAUGCGGGAGGCUUCCAAGUUGACCCGACAGUGCCGUGGAGCGCCAACAUCGACACGCCCGAGUAUCGCGAGUUGUACGUUCGAUGGUUACAGUGGACGACUUUUGUGCCCUUCAUGCGGACACACGGAUCCCGAGCGUGCAACCAUCAGAGUGCAUACACCUGCGACAACGAGCCCUGGUCAUACGGAGAGGAAAAUACACCCAUCAUCGUGUCGUACAUCCACCUGCGAUACCAGCUCAAGGCCUACCUCCAAACUAUAUUCCAACAGCUCCAUAAAACAGGCAGGAUGAUCAUGCGGCCGCUGUACAUGGACUUUGAACGAUCUGACCAGAACAUUGCCUCCCUAACUCAAGCCAACACCAACGUCACCACGCAGCAGUACAUGUUUGGUCCUCGUCUGCUCGUGACGCCCGUCACUACUCCAAAUGCGACGGAAUGGUCGGUCUAUCUGCCCCAGACGGGUGAUAAUAGUACUCGGCCCUGGACGUACUGGUGGACGAACCAGACGUAUGCUGGAGGGCAGAUGGUGACUGUUCCUGCGCCGCUGGAGCAUAUUCCUUUGUUCCAUUUGGGGUCGCGCGUGGAAAUUCUUCGUGGUGAUGUUUUCUGAAGUCGGACAUUUUGUGCGAGAUUAUAGGUGACCCUGUCUAUAAUCUAUGACUGUCUGGCUUUUAGGAUAGGACAAGACGAGUUAUUUCCCGAUUAGCAAGGAAGAAAGGAACAUAUUGACACCGCUGCGGCACUCUAAACAUUAUAUGCUCUACAAGAAGAUAUGACC